AUGGCAUUCGAUCGAUUCCCCGGUCCCGGAUUCGGGUUAGAACGAAGGCCUCCUCCUCGCAGAUUCACACCCCCGGGGCCACAUGACCACGAAGAUUUCGUGAUUAAACAACAACUCAAAGCCGGGAAGUUAUUUCAACAAGACUCCUGCGCUCUGUGUCUGUUUUUCGAGGAGACAAAUACGGCGGCUUUUACGUGCGAUAAAGACGGCGGAGGGAGAAAGUUCUACUGCGCUAAGCAUGUGAAAAAGAUUCCGGAACACAACAGGGAACAUAAAAACUACCAUGCGCCAAUGACGAUAUAUCCGCAUCCGACGAUGAAGCGAAAGGAGUUUGACGAUAUUCUGGACAAGAAUAUUGAUGAUACAGAGCUUUUGGCCGACUGUAUGAUCGAAGAGCUCAACAUCCACAAAGCGGCGAUGAUCAAGUCAGUCCACGAUCGAGCAAAAGCGAUGCGGGAGCAUUGGGCGAGAGCGAUGCUCAUUCAAGAAGGCGUAGUCAAAGCCAGCUCCGAGCGGAACAGUGAAGAACGAAAAAAAAGAAUAAUGGCCGUGCAGCAACGCUAUGACCUGAUUAAACAGCCGCUUGAGGACUUUCGCAGUGGCAAACUAACUGAUGAGUUCGACUUUAAACGUGCUGCGCUUAAAACCAUCGACUACAUUCAAAAAUGUAAAAUCGCGCAUCCACUAUCUACGGAAGUUGGCAUCGCACCUGGUGGAAAAUAUUACGACGCCUUUGGCCCAACUCCGAUGCUUUUCUCUUGGGCAAAGGUCGAUGCGAUCAAUUGCCACUGGCGCGAUCUCUCCGCCGCCAAGCUCGUUUACGUCGAGCCAAACGAGAUGCCAAAGUGGAACCUUCGCGAUUUUCCUGUCAUCACUGUCGAGCAUCCUGAUAGAGCAAAGCUCGGUGUUGCGAUGAUCGCGGCUAUUUCUUUGCGAGCACGAGUGCUGAUUGAAUGUGGUUUUAUCCGACCCUACGAGAACAUGGAUCAAAUAAGGGAGUUGGCGCAGAAAUCAGCGGCUAAUCAAAAGACACUUGCGGUGAUUUACCGAAACGAUACUGACGAUAGUCUUCACCGAAUGGCUCUUCGCUACUUGUCACCUACGUUCAAAGAUACGCGAGAAACUCUGGCUUUGCAGAUAUUCUUCGAGCUGAUCGACGAAGAAAUGAAUGUAAAAGACGUCGUUUCCCUGAUCAGAGAGGAAUUCCGCGCCCCGGGUCUCGAGUAUCAACUUCGAAAGAACUACCGAGGCAUAACUCUCAACACUUUCAUCAUCUUCCCUCAAGAUGAACUGGAGCUAAAAUUCAUUAAAAAAGCACUUGAUAGCGAUCCUUAUUUAUUCAAGCGAGAUGGAGUCGCAAAGGUUGAAGUAAAGAGCAAAUCGAACUUCAUUCUGACCGACUUGGACGACCCAAACAAUCCACCUGUUAUCAUCACAGAGCAGCGACUCAAGGAUAAAAAUUUUCUCGAGUGCCCGGACGAUCUGCAAGUGUCGAUGGCGAUGCCAGCGAUGGUGAUUGAGUGUUGGUUUGAUUUGGCGCAUCCGACCGGUGGCGAGAAAAACUACGAUCCUAUCAUCAAGCAAAUGUUAAUCAUGUCUAGUCUACAUGAGAUCCGACUGGAGGUCAACCAGAUGACCAAACCUCUUAAGAUCUCGCUUGAGAAGCCUUGCGACUAUGAACGAAUGCCUUGGGUUUGGCUUUGCGCGGCAAAGGUCAGGGGAAAAUCAAUCGAAGAAGAGUUGGACGCGAUGUGGAAAAAGCGAAUAUACGGGUUUGCCGCAAUUGACGAAGAAAGAGCUGACUGUCUUGAUAGACGCGAAUAUGAUUCGUAUUCGUCCUCAGAAUAUUCUGAUUAUUAG